AUGCCUGCGAGCAUUGAGAUUGUGAUGUGGCCAUGGAUCAUCACCAUGUAUAUUCAGUUGUUUCCAUCAAAUUUCACUUGCGUGUUCAUGAGGCUCCCAGUCUCCAACGACCGUCGAGAAAAUGGCCGAAGAGACGGCUGGAGACGUUCUGAGAUUGCAACAAGUACGCCCCCUCCGCCGCUCCCUUUUACCCCCUUUGACCCCGUCACCGGUGCGUGGAGCUGCCUGCCGUCCGCCUCUGGCCUCCCGCACUGUCUGUCGCUAUUCUGCCACCUCGCGGCUGUCGCCCAGCAGCUGGUGGUGAUCGGACGGUGGGACUCGGAGACGUGGGCCGCAUUCGACAGGGUCCACGUCUACGACUUCAUGUCCAGCACGUGGCGUCACGGGGCCCGGAUGCCCAGAUCCCGAUGGUCCUUCGCGUGCACGACGUCGAAGGAACUCCGUGGCGGUGUUCGUCGUCAGCGGCACGACGAGGAGAAGAACGCGCUGCGGUCUGCGAUAGCGUACGAUGUGACGGCGGACAAGUGGGCAUUGCUACCGGACAUGGCUCGGGAGCGGGACGAGUGCGGCGGGGAUUUCCGCCGGUAA